AUGCCCAACCUGCUCAACGCUGACGCAUCCUUCAGCUCCAAACAGGAGCUUCUGGACUUCCACAAUGGCCCCCUCGGCCCGGCGCUGGACACGCCCAGCCCGGUGGAGUCUCAGGCGGACGACAGUCCCUCGGCCUCCAGCCCCUCGGCCUCCAGCCUGGGCAGCCCGGCGGGAGACGACCUCCAGGGGGGGGGUGGCGGGGACGCGCUAGGGGACGGGGGGGCGCAGGGGUUAAAGUUCGUCCCCUCGGACGCGGAGAACCUGUGCGGCUGGGGGGCGCUGACGCCGCGCUCCAUCCAGACAUUCAACACGCCGCGCUGGGUGCUCUUCUUCCUGUGCGUGGCCUCCUUCCUGCAGGGCAUGAUCGUCAACGGCUUCAUCAACACCGUCAUCACCUCCAUCGAGCGCCGCUUCGACCUGCGCAGCUACCAGGCGGGCCUCAUCGCCAGCUCCUACGACAUCGCGGCCUGCGUGUGCCUCGCCUUCGUCAGCUACUUCGGGGGCACGGGGCACAAGCCGCGCUGGCUGGGUUGGGGCGUGCUGGUGAUGGCGCUGGGCUCUCUGGUGUUCGCGCUGCCGCACUUCACCACGCCGCCGUACCAGGUGAGCGUACCGGAGCGCACGGGCCUCUGCUCCAGCAACGCCACGGACGCCUGCCGGGACAGCUCGGGCAGCGGCCUCUCCGGCUACCGCUACGUCUUCAUGCUCGGACAGUUCCUGCACGGCGUGGGCGCCACGCCGCUCUACACGCUGGGGGUCACCUACCUGGACGAGAACGUCAAGUCCAGCUACGCACCUGUCUACAUAGGCAUCUUCUACACAGCAGCCAUUGUCGGGCCUGCGGCUGGUUACCUGCUGGGAGGGUUCUUCCUCAACAUCUACACAGAGACGGAUCAAACAACCGAGCUGACUCCGGAGAACCCCCUGUGGGUGGGGGCGUGGUGGAUCGGCUUCCUGGCGGGGGGGGCAGCUGCUCUGGUCAUUGCCCUGCCCAUCCUCGGCUACCCCCGACAACUCCCAGGCUCUCAGCGCUACGUGGCCAUGCGGGUAUCUGAAGCACACCAGCUGAAAGAUGGCAGCCAGGCGAGAGCAGCUGACCCUCAGUUUGGGAAGACAGUGAAGGACAUGCCCAGGUCUGUUCUUCUUCUCCUGAAGAACUCUACCUUCAUCUUUCUGUGUCUGGCGGGGGCUACUGAGGCCACUCUCAUAGCCGGCAUGUCCACCUUUGGGCCCAAGUUCCUGGAGUCCCAGUUCAACUUGAGUGCAUCAGAGGCAGCCACCUGGUUUGGGUACAUGGUGGUACCAGCAGGGGGCGGCGGUACCUUCCUGGGCGGCUACAUCGUGAAGAAGCUGAACCUGCGCUGCCGGGGCAUCGUGCGCUUCUGCAUGGUGUGUGCGGUGGUCAGCCUCACGGCCAUCUUCAUCUUCCUCAUCCACUGCCCCAACAUGCCCAUGGCAGGCGUCACUGCCCCCUACAGGCCCAGCCAGCCACUACACCAACACCACAACGUGGACCUGGACCCGUAUGAGAGUGAGAGCAUGUACAGCAACAGUUCUCUGGAGGGGAACCUGACGGUGAGCUGUAACGCGGGCUGCCACUGUGUGACGGAGCUCUACAACCCCGUGUGUGGAGCGGACGGAGUCAUGUACUACUCGCCCUGCCACGCCGGCUGCACCGCCAUCAACCACACACACACACACAACGCCAGACAGGUGUUCUCCGGGUGUGGCUGUGUGGUGGGCAACGUGACGUGGGGUGAGGAAGGGCUGGCGGUGGCCGGGAAAUGCUCUUCCUCCUGCCACCACAUGGCCACAUUCCUCACCUUCCUCUUCAUCGUCAUCCUCUUCACCUUCCUCUGCAGCAUCCCUGCUCUGACCGCCACCCUCAGGUGUGUUCCAGACAGCCAGCGGUCUUUUGGCCUCGGGAUCCAGUGGAUCGUGGUGCGGACUCUUGGUGGCAUCCCGGGUCCCAUUGCAUUUGGUUCUGUGAUCGACAUCUCGUGCCUGCUGUGGCAGGACCAGUGUGGGGAGCAGGGCUCCUGCUAUCUGUACCAGAACUCGGCCAUGAGUCGCUACACGCUCAUCGCUGGGAUCAUAUACAAGGUGCUGGGGACGCUGUUCUUCCUGCUGGCUAGCGUGCUGUACCAGCCCCCGCCGGAGUCUCCGCAGAGCAGCUGUGAGAGCACUGACCACGGCGCUGACCACGGCACUGACCACCACGCCGCCGGGGACCUGGGGGACCUGACCAUCAAGGAGCUGCCGCACGAGGUCAUCGCCAACGUCCACGCCAGGCUAUGA